AUCGAAACUUAGAAGUUAGAAUGAGAAAGUAAACGAAAGUGGCACUGUGGGGUCGCUCAAAGAUUAAUUUACUGCACCAUAUCGAGGAUUUGGUGUUGAGCAACGAUUUUAUGAAGCACAGUGUAGCCCGCAAUUGGUGGACCUGAUGAAUUACGUAGCAAAACUAAACGAAUAUGGACAGCAGACACGAGUCCAAGUGCAAUAUGAGGAGGUGGACGUCUCGGGUCCGGACCAUAUUAAAACGUUUACUGUACGGGCUAUAGUGAAUGGCAAACCUUAUCCAGAGGGAGUUGGGAAAAAUAAGAGAGAGGCCAAGGAAAAUGCCGCCCAAAGGGCCCUUGAAAACCUGCUGCUCAUGGAGAGCAGUGAUUUUAAUACUUCGACAACAUCACAGACAUCAGAAAUCCCGGCAUCUAUUACCCAAGCCAAUUAUCAGUGUUGGCUGAAUGAACACAGCCACAAGACCAGAGUGAUUUAUAAGGCUAUUGAAUCGACAAGAGUGGACCUAGUCAGCACACCACAGUGCUGCAAGUAUGUUUCUAAUGGUAAAUCAUACCCUGAAGCUUAUGCAAGUUCAAAGAAGGAGGCCAGAGAAAAGGCUGCAAAGCUUGUUUACGAAGAGAUCUUAAAAGAGGAAGGGGUCAUAGAGGGCAAUAAUGGGCAUAACUCCAGACAACAAGAGGCGUCAAACAAUAGUGUCUCUGAUCUAAGCAAUAACCUUGAACAUAUGAGGGUUACGCCUACAAAAGAUCUCAGCAGUGAUAUUCACCAGGCUAACUUCAUAGGGAUGUUGAACCACCAUUGUCAACAGCGGAAACUGACACGUGAUUUUAAGCUGGUGGAGAGAAGAGGGCCAUCUCACAACCCUGAGUUUGUGUACAAAGUAGUAAUAGGUGGGGACGAGUAUCCAGAAGGCUGCGGUAGGACAGCAAAAGAGGCGAAGCAGCUGGCUGCUCAGCUGGCAUGGAAUAAGAUUCAAGACCAGCCUCAAUGUCACAGUCAGGUUUCAAGCAUGUCAAGUCUAAAGUCAAGUCUUUCUGAAGAUGAUUCACUCUAUCUAACUCCUACAAUAGACGAAUCACCACAAGAUGAGAGGGCCUCGACAAGCAUGGCUGCAAGUGCAAGUGACUGGAUUAUCUUUAAAGAUUCAUCCAAAGACUCCCCCAAAAUACAAGUGGCAGCUCCUGCACAAAAUAAAACUAAACGAAUAUUAGCACCAAAUUUCAACAAUGCUCCUCAAAGAAGUAAAGAGGCUGGCCCCAAUCUCUCAUCCAAUUUGACUGGUCAGGUUACUGUCCAGCCCAGUUUAUUUUGCAGACUUUUAGAAGAAUAUGAUUCAAUAAAGCGAAUAGGCAAAGGAGGGUUUGGACGUGUUUUCAAGGCUCGAAAUAAAUUCGAUGAGACGUAUUAUGCCGUGAAGAUUGUAAAAAGUACAGAAAAAGCCAAACGGGAAGUUAAAGCUUUGGCGCGUCUGCAGCACCCAAACAUUGUGCGUUACCAUACAUGCUGGAUUAACAACACUGCAUACGGAUCUGAUGGCUCCGACAGUUACAGCACCUCAAACUCAGGAAGCAAUUCGACCAUGGAGUUCCUGUAUAUCAAGAUGGAACUCUGCGAGGGUAACACACUUUCCAUGUGGAUCAAGGAAAAUAAUGUACACCCAGACCCAAAGAGACGACAGGAUGCCCUUGACAUCACCAAGCAAAUUGCGAAAGCAGUGGUGUACAUUCACUCUCAAAACCUCAUCCACCGUGACUUAAAACCGGCGAACAUCAUGUUUGGACGAAAUCGUGAGGUGAAGAUAGGCGACUUUGGCCUGGUGACUAUCGCAGACGAUGACAAUGAUGAAAGUCUACUGGAGCGGACAAAGCAUACAGGCACAAGAUCCUAUAUGAGCCCUGAACAGAUGAAUCAACCCACAUAUGAUCGCAAAGUGGACAUUUUUGCUCUAGGUCUGAUCUAUUUUGAACUACUUUGGACUGUAAAAACAAAGGCUGAAAAGUGUGACAUUUGGGAGCAUAUCAAGACGAAGAAGUUUCCAGAGGGAUUCCGUGAUCAGUUUUGCUUUGAACACGCACUAAUUGAGCGAAUGCUGUAUCAGGAUCCUGUGGACAGACCUGAAGCCCAUGAUCUGGUCCCAGUGCUGGAGAAUUGCAAAUCCUUCCAAGAUCAGAAUUCUAAUCAUGGAAGCACAAAAACUGUAUGAAGUACAGUGAGGACAGACCCAUAACAAAAUCACUAAUGUAUGAAAACUGCCUUUCCUUGCAGACUGCUUUUUUAAAUUGCCUUACCUGUUACAUUUGCAUCAUGGUGUUGUGGAUAUUCACAUUAGGAAAACUGUUUAACCAGGAGCAUAUAAAUCAUGGAAGUCAUGCAUGAACUGCAGAUGAAAUCAAUCAAGAAAGACACUGAUGACAGUUGUGGUAUUUAGCAGAUGCAAUUUUACAAAGUGAUAAGGACUGGCAAGGGCUGGUUUGGGAAUGAAACCAGCGUAGGCUAGAUCAAGUGUCUGGCUGUGAUGUUACCACUGGUCUGCAGCCCUGCAGAAUUACAAUGCCAUCAGCUUGCGAUUGAAUGCAGUGCUGGAGAUGCAUCUUGUUCACUUUACAUGUAAUGGGCUUCUGUCAUUUGUUGCCUUUUAUUCCUGUACACAGUAAUGGAGUUUGUAAACACAUAGUGAAAUUAAUUCUGUUAAAUCACUGAAUAAAGAUUGUAUGAACUUU